AUGCCGAAACUCGUGCGCCGCGCGCCUUUGUCGGAGCGCAUCAAAUCCUACCUCGACCCCUCCGACUGGCUGAUCUGGAUAUCGGAAGAACUCAACAGUUCCGACUGGGACGACUUUGCCUCAUCCUACGCUCUCUACAUCGGCUUCGGCGCAAACCUGCUCUUUGUCCUCGCACAGGCAAACAGCGGCGCACCCACGACCGACGACGAUGACGGCGUCUUCAGCGAGGUUCAGGGCCCGGGCUGGGUAGAGUGGAUAAUGGGUCUAGUGGUCUUGGUUCUCAGCAUCACGAGUGUUGGAAAUGCAUGGCUGGUAUGGGGCAAGAGGAGGUACUAUCGCCUUUUCGAGCAGAGCGUCGACAUUGCGCCUCAGACGCCGAGUGCAAAGCGCGUUAGGGUUGACUCAUCGCCGGCGGGAGCCAGCCCGAUGCAGUUUGUGAAGAAUUUGGUACAAAACAACGCGACGAGUCGGGCGCAUCCAGUUGAAGGCAGGGACGUCUGGGAGGUUGCUGUUUGGGACCCGAAUCCCCUUUGUCUGCAGCUGUUCUGUCUCUUCAGUCCGCUGCACGUCGUUCUCUACUACUUCAACCUCCCGGUUGCGCCGCUGGACCCGAGACCGAGCAUCAGGGUUACAUCGACACUUUUCAUCGGAGCAGUGCUGUCGUUGCAGCUUUGGUGGUUGAGAAGCGCAUUCACGCGCCAAAUCAAGGACAACGCCCUCAUCAGCCGACAAGUACUCCACGAAUACGACAGCAAAUUCGUACACCCAUCACUCCGAAAGCAAUGCCGAGACGUGGGUAUCCAAACCAUCUCAAAAGACAGGGGACGGGACUCCAGUGUCGGUGUCAAGGGCAGCAGUCUCCACCUCGCCAGCGAAGUCGUCACAUACACACCCACAACCAUCAUCAGCCGCACCUUCCGCACCAACCCAAACUCCAGCUACGCCUCACAAUACGACCCUGACAACGUCGGUCCAGCUCGCUCAACCCAACACACACCCUCGCGCAAAACACGCUACUCGACCUCCUCCACCGCCAUGGACGACGACUUCUCCUCCCCCCUCCGAGCCCCCUCACAAACACCAAACCCCUUCCGCCAAGCACCAACCAUCCCCGCUGCUUCUUCUUCUUCCACAAACAACGACGGCGGCUACCUCGGUAUAAACACGCACGCCGCUUCCCCUUUACGCAAAUCCACCGGCAGUUUCCUCACUCGCGAUUCCGACCACCGCAGCUCUACCACCACGAGGGGAAGAGAUAGUCUCGGCGGCGCGUUUGAACGCAGAGCUAGUCCGAGUAAACGUGACGUUAGCCCCUUGAAGAGGAUUAGUGUGGGUAAUGCGGAGAGGGAACGUGAGAGGGAGAGGGAGAGGGAUAGACCGGUUGGUUUUGGUGGUGGUGGUGGUCAGGCAGAUAGAUUUGGUAGGAGUACUGGGUAUGGGAAUUUAGGCGUGGGUAGGAGGGAGAGUGGACGGUUUUGA